CAGUACAAAACAUUGACACCUGUGUCUGCCAGUCUGGAGCUCCUGCUUGUGGAAGAUGUCAAAGUGAACCCAGGAUCCAUUUCUCUUUACAAUCACCCUGAAGUUACGGCUGAGUUCACCAUCUCUGAAGGAUCAGGAUAUUUUUUACAUCAACAGCAGCGCUUCCAAUAUUGUCAAAACAAUAUUUCAGGAAACAAAAGGAAUUGUGACAGUCUAUCCUUUGCGCCCAGGGAUCAUAUCCAUCAUGGUUUAUGAUCUUUGUCUAGCUUUCCCAGCACCAGCUGCAGUACGUGUUCAUGUAUCC